GCCCCGCCAUGGAAGCGGCCGGAGGACUGCUGGCGCGCGCCCGGCGCCCGGAGCCGGUGCGGCUCCGCAAGCGUAGGUCUGUGCUGUACGCAGCCGCAGGCGGAGCCGCCGCGCAGCCGGGCGCUGGCGCUGCCGGCGGGACCGCGGCUCUGACGGCCCUGGCGGUGGCCGCGCGGGCGCUGAACUGCGCGCUGGUGCGCACCAGCUUCGUCCCGGACGAGUACUGGCAGUCGCUGGAGGUGGCGCACCGCGUGGUCUUCGGUUAUGGGCACCUGACGUGGGAGUGGGCGCACGGCCUGCGGGGCUACCCGUACCCGCUGCUCUUUGCCUGCGUCUACAAAGCUCUGCAGCUGCUGGGCAAGGAUGACGUCCAGCUGCUGAUAUGGGUCCCUAGACUGGUACAAGCAGUCCUGGCAGCUUUUGCUGAUGUGAAGCUUUAUUUACUAGUGAAACACCUUGAAAAUGCAGAAACAGCAAAGUAUGUGUACUUCUGCCAGCUGUGUUCCUGGUUCACAUGGUAUACCUGUACCAGAACUCUAACAAACACCAUGGAAACUCUUCUCACCAUUUUCGCUCUUUACUACUAUCCAAUAAAAGGUUCCAAGUUGGGGAGCAGAUGGAAAUACUUAAAUUUGAUAGCACUUGCAAUUGUCGUUCGUCCCACUGCUGCUAUCCCCUGGAUACCUUUGGUCUUCAGUCAUUUUUUGCAAGAACAGAAAAAAGCAGACCUCAUCCUGUACAACUGCAUUCCAAUUGGAUUGGUCACACUGGGAACCUCUUUAAUGAUUGACCGUGUGUUUUUUGGUGAGUGGGUACUGGUUCAGCUGAACUUCUUGAAAUUCAACGUGCUACAGAAUUUGGGAACAUUUUAUGGUUCUCAUCCCUGGCACUGGUACUUCACUCAAGGACUGCCAGUUAUCUUGGGUACCCACCUGCCUUUCUUUAUUCAUGGCUGUGUGAUGGCACCAAAACGGUAUCGCAUCUUUCUAGGGGCAGUGAUUUGGACAGUGCUAGUAUACAGGAUAUUCUCUGAAACACCUAAAAGCAUGGAAGAAGUCUGCAGCAAGCUUCUUGCUCUUAUCAAAUUUAAUCCCAGCCCUGUAUACAGGCUUGAUUCACCAGAGGGGCUCUCUUGAUGUAAUGAAUCACAUACAGCAACUUUGUAACAGCUCUUACCAGUCACAAGCCUUUGUCUUCAUCAUGAUGCCAUGCCACUCUACUCCAUUUUACAGGUAAUAAAAUAGCUAUCAGUGUAUUAUAUUAAAGUCAAGACACCUCAGCAGAAAUUGUAAAAGUAAAAAAAAAAGUCAAAAAUCUGAUUGAGGUGGAUAAAUGUAUAGAGGAAGUUUGUUUUUCAUAAAGCUAACGCAGAGUGAGUAGGGAAAAUAAGCUAAAUGCCUACAACACAGAACGAGACCUGGGAGCCAAGUUUUACUCAGUUUUUGUAGCGCAGUUUUGUAUGAAGCUAUACAGUAGUCUUAGGGCUUCUGACAAUAAUUCAUUCAUCUCAAUUAUAGUAACUUGUACAGGAAAACUAAAAUGCACUGCUAGAGUCAGAAUGUAUUACUUUAAUUUUACCUUUACUUCUGCUGCUGGAAGGUAAGGAAAGGUAAUUAAUAACAUAAAGUGACUGAAUUCACUAUUCCGAAAAGCUUGCAAUAUAUCCCAGUAAGCAAACAGAUAAAAACCACAAAGCUGAUGUGCCUGGGGGGGGGGGGGGAGAAAGUACUUUUUAUUUACGAAAACGAUGUUAUGCAGAUUAUAUUUGUAUUGAGAUAAAUCUGCCUUCUGUAAACUGCUAAAAGCAUUCACAGUAGCUUAAAGCUGAAUCCACAUUCUCUAUUUCUGCUUAUAUAUAAAACACAUAAGUGAAGAAAGCAUGGCACUGGAGUAAACAUAAUCUUCUUUUUUUUUUUUUAUUUUGUUUAACUGAGGUAUGUAGGUGAUGAAUCAUUUCAAACCUCGGGUCUUAAUCAGUUUAUCCUGAAGUAUGUUUUGUUUUUCAUCCUAGCCACGUUCACUGUCCUCUAAAAAUGAGAUUCCUUCAGUGUCCCCCAGACCUAACUGGAAAUGAAAGCUAUGUUGAUGAAGCAGAUGUAUUUUACUCUAAUCCACUUGGCUGGCUUAAUAAGGAGUUUUACAAUGAUACGCUAUUACCCAGUCAUUUGAUUUUCUUCAGUGUGCUAGAACAGGUAUGGUAAAUGUAAGAUGAAACACACUAGUUGUGAGGUCAAGUUACAGGAGAAAUUGAGCUACAGAAGAUUUAAACUCUUUUCUGUAACUUUUUAAACACUCAAAAUUGAACCCCCCUGGUCCACAAUAUAGUAUAGAUACCGUUCAUUCCAGUGAUGCAUACUUAACAUUCACGUGCACUCUGUGUGCUUUUUGCCUGUCAAAGUUCUACAGCCUUUUCUUCAAGCCAUAUGAAAACAAAUGCAUUGUCUGUUCCCAGAAUCAUACGCUCUUACCUAACAAUGACAGGCAAACGUGCCUCUAUGUCAGAGUACCUCUUUUCCCUCAAUUCUUUUAUGAAGUCUGUAUACUCAAAUGGCAGUGUCUGGUGAAGACACACUGCAUACAGAAUCAAACAUGAUAGCUCCCUGUAGCAGCCUUUCCUAAAUAAAGAAGUUCCCAGGGAUAGCUGAAUUAACAGUUUGCAGAAGACUCGGGAACACUGUUCUGAUGCUCUCCAAACACUUUUCUCUGUGGAAACUAAUAUAUGUUCAUUUACAGGAAAUAUCAUCAUUUCUAGCUUUAAAGGGCUAUAAGAAAACAGCCACUGUCUUUCAUACUCAUGUACCUCAAGGACGAGUUGGAAGCCAUAUCUACAUCUACAAGAAAAAAACUGAAAUAAAUCAUAUCUGAAGAUCAAUUUCUAGACUUACAAACUAAUGAGCUCAGUUUUGUAUAGCAGUACAGAAGAUAUUUUACUGCAGAGAGAAGAGUAGUGAGACUGAACCGGGUAAGUCAAAUGGGAGUCUCAUUGCGCAAAUAUCAACUGUGCCGAAACACAUAAACCCCUUCCUGAAGGUAACUUCAGUGCAGUAUGACCAGGGGUGAGAGGGUGCUGACCAACACCCAACGUUAGUACAACACUAGAGAAUAUCAAGGCCAAAGCUACCGUGUGAUUACUUUAACAGUAAGAAAUUAGACAAGACUGGACCAAUUUAUAGAACUGUACAGCUAUGCUACGUUUAUUUCUUUUUAUAAAUAAAGACUUUUUACCCACA